AUGCAUGGCACUGGAUCAUUGCCUUCUACACCUUCAAAAGGAUUGACAGAAGUAUCUACUAAUUGUUCAUCAUAUAAAGAGAAUCUUCCGCCACGAAUGUCUUUGUCGCCGUAUAAAAUACAAUCACCUAAUCAUUUGAUGGAGAGAGCAUCAUUAGAUGAUCUUAAAAAGUUAAAUAGAAGUACUGUUAGCCAUCUUCAAACACUUUCUAAGUUGACAUCUGGAAAUGGCACGGAAGGCCUUUGUAUCCCGGGAGUUACUAAAGGAGCAGAAGAUGUUACUGGUAUGCAAGGAAGGAUACGUUUGCAGAAGGCAAUGGGGAAUAGGCUUUUUUCAUGGUCGAAAACUUGGAUGGAUAAACAACGUGCUAAUAUACAGGCGUAUGAGUAUUUAUGCCAUAUAGGGGAAGCAAAGGAAUGGAUAGAAUCAUGCAUUGGAGAAAAAAUUCCAGCUAUAUUAGAAUUGGAAGAGUCUUUACGUGAUGGUAUUAUUUUAGCAAGACUUGUUAAGGUAUUUGCACCGGACUUGGUCCCAAGGAUUUUUGAAGCUACUAGGCUACAAUUUCGACAUAGUGAUAAUAUCAAUCGUUUUUUUCAAUUUAUUGAAAAAAUGAAUUUGCCAAAUAUUUUUAGAUUUGAACUUACAGAUCUUUAUGAAAAGAAGAAUAUUCCGAAAGUUAUUUAUUGUAUUCAUGCUCUUUCGUUUUUACUUUCGCAUGCUGGGCUUGCUGUAUCAAUUGGGAAUUUAAUUGGAAAACUUGAAUUUACUGAUGAAGAAAUAAAAAAUACACAACGUGAUCUAGACAUAGCUGGAGUAAGUCUCCCUAACUUUAAAAAUAUUGGGAAUGCAUUUGCUGGUGAAAUAGAUGUAUCUAAAGAAAAAAUAAACAAAUCUAAUGAAUACUCUCAUUUUGAGAAGGAUGCUUUUGCUUUAAAAUUUCAAACUGUUUGUAGAGGGUUUCUUUUCCGUAAAAAAUUAUUGGAAAAAUUUCAAGAUCUUUUGUAUGAAGAAGAUAUGAUUUUAGCCUUACAAGCAUGUAUAAGAGGCUUUUUUGUGCGAAAAGUAUUUUCUAAAAAAGUUAUUGAGUAUCGUAGAUUUAAAGAAUGGACAAGAAAAAUACAGGCUGUAUCAAAGGGUUAUCUUAUAAGAAAAUUUUAUUUAAGAUGGAAAAGUUCAAUUCAUUAUUAUGAGGAUUUUGUUAUUAAAAUUCAAACAAUUAUUCGGGGAAAUUUUGCACGGAAACAAUAUUGUUUUUUAGUAGAUAGUCUUGUGUUCAAUACUGAAUCGGUUAUUAAAUUGCAAUCAUAUUCUCGAGGUAUGCUUACUCGACGUGCUUUUGAUAAAAUCAUUAUGCGUUUUCAAUUAAUGAAGCAAUAUUCUGUUCCUUUACAAGCACAAUGUCGUGGAGUUUUAAUUCGAAAGAAACUUGAAGAUAUCCUUAUAUCUUUGCAUUCCGGAAAUGAUACAAUUGUGCUUUUUCAAAGUCAUAUUCGAGGAAUGUUAGCUCGUAGUAAAUUUAAUAGUAAAAUGGAAUAUUAUAAGGAGAAUAUGCAGAAAAUAAUUAAAAUUCAAAGUUUUGUUCGUGGAAAGCUUCAAGGUCGAGCUUAUAAAAGUCUUAUUGUUGGGAAAAAUCCUCCAGUUGGAACUAUUAAAAACUUUGUUCAUUUGUUAAAUGAUAAUAAUUUUGAUUUUGAAGAAGAAAUAGAAAUGGAAUCUCUUAGAAAAUUAAUUGUUCAGUGUGUUCGAGCUAAUGAAGAUGCUGAGGAGCAUAUUGCUCAAUUAGAUCUUAAAAUUGCUUUAUUAGUUAAAAAUAUGGUCACUCUUGAUGACGUUAUUCGUCAUCAGAAGCGAUUUUCUUCGGGAAAUUUGUUUCAUUCUUAUUUUGAAAGGUCUUCAGAAAAUUCAUUUGAUUUAAAAGCGCUUAACAAAUCUUCUCGAGAAAAAUUAGAACUUUAUCAAGGGUUCUUUUUUCUUUUACAAACUUGUCCUGAAUAUUUUGCUCGUUUAUUCUCUAGUUACUGUGAUAGAGGAGUACCUGAAAAAAAUAUUAAGCAGCUUGAAAGUUUUGUAAUGUGUAUUUUUAGCUAUGCUCAACAACGAAGAGAAGAAUAUUUUUUGUUAAAAUUGCUUCGAAGAUGUAUCAUUGAAGAGCUUAUUAGAGUUGAAAAUAUACAGGAGUUUUUCAAACGCAAUUCUUUAUGGAUAAAAAUUGUUGUUUCAUAUAAUAGAAAUGUUAAAGAAAGAAAAUAUUUAAAAAAUCUUUUUAAACCUUUAAUCAAAAAAAUGAUUGAAAAUAACCAUCUUGACCUUGAAAGUGAUCCUGUAAUGAUAUAUUAUUCAAUAAUUAAUAAGGAAGAGCUUAUGACCGGUGAAAGAACUAAACGUUCAGUUAAUCUUGAAAGAACUGAAGCAAUUCAAGAUCCAGAAACUAGAGAUCUUUUCAUCAAACAUCUUCAAGAUCUAAGGGAUUGGACGGAAAAGUUUAUCGAUGCUAUUGAAGCUAGUGUACAUGAGAUGCCAUAUGGGCUAAGAUAUAUAGCAAGAGAAACUUAUCGUACAUUAUUGACAAGAUUUUCUGAUCAAUCUCCAUCGGAAAUCCUCAAAUUUAUUGGAUAUAUAAUACAUUAUCGUUAUCUUAAUCCAGUUAUAUUGGCACCAGAUUCAUUUGAUAUUAUCGAAAGCACUAUUCCAACUUUGCAGCGAAAAAACUUAGCAGAAAUUUCUAAAAUACUCGUUCAAAUUACAACAGGGAAACUAUUUGAUAAAAAUGAUGUAUUUCUUCAACCUCUUAAUGUAUAUGUUGAAACAGCAAUUCAAAGGAUGAUUAAAGUUUUAAAAACUGUAAUUGAUGUACAAGAUGCUGAACGAUAUUUUGAAAUGGAUGAAUUUGAUGAUCUUACUUCUACACAAAAACCAAUUUUAUAUAUUAAAACUUCUGAAAUAUUUCUUAUCCAUUCUUUAGUUUAUAAUGAGAUUGAUAUAAUGGCGCCGAAUCAAGACGAUCAGUUACGAGAUAUUGUUAAGCAACUUGGAUCAUUGUCAAAUAAUGAAGAAUUUGUUAAAAUAUCAAGUAGCGAGAUUGAUCUUAUAUUAAGUCCUAGACUUGUUCAUGUAGAAAAUUCUAAUUCUGAAAUUCGUUCUUUAUUUGUUGAAACAAAGCAUUAUAUUCUUUAUAUUAUUCGAGUUCAAACAGGGUCAAAUUUAAUGGAAAUACUUAUUAAACCAGUGCAUCCAGAUGAUGAGAUAAAAUGGAAACAAAUUUUAAGUGAAGAAAAUAAGGAUACUACUUAUUUGAAUAGAUAUUCUAAGAAUGGCAUAUGUAAUAUUAAAGAAAUGUUAUUUUCUGAUGUUAAGGCUGUUGCUCUUGAAAAUAUUUUGAAGCUUGAAUCCGAAGGUAUAAUUACUAGAUCUAAUAACUAUCAAAGUUUCUUAAAUGCAAUUGCUACGGAUAUUCGUACAAAGCAUCGUCGUCGUGUACAGCGACAGGCAGAACUUGAAAGUGCUAGGCAAACAUUAGCUCAUUUAUAUGAGAAAGCAUCAUAUUUAAAAUCUCAAUUAGAAAGUUAUAAUGACUAUAUAGAAAAAUCAUUAAUUUCACUACAAACUAAAAAAGGAAGGAGAAAAUCUGUUAUUCCUUUUACUAAGCAAUAUUUUCAUCUAAGGGAUUUAAAAAGAUCUGGUCAAAUGCCAAAAUUUGGGUCUCAUAAAUAUUCUGGUCGGCAACUUUUUGAUAAAGGAGUAAUUAUUUCAAUAGCUGGACAAGAUGAAAAAGAUUAUGGAAAAUUUGACUUUACCAUUUCCUCUGAUAACAUUGGUAUUUUUAUUAUUGAAGCUGCUUUUGGUCCUCUUCACACCCCAACAACUAGUAUAGAAUUAAAACUAGAUGAUUUACUUCAGGCGCAAUAUAAUAAGAUUCAAAUUUUGCCUUUAUUUGAAGGAUUAGUAAAAAUUAAUGUCAAUUUAAUGUUGCAUAUGAUUUUUAAAAAAUUUUAUUCCAGUUCGUAA